GGAAUCUGCUGAUCGUUUCUAGGUAAACUUAGAACAUGGCGAUUGAAACUAAUAGUUUUAGUCGUUAAUAGAAAGCUUCCUUCUUCGACCGCUGUUGAGUGUCAGCUGCCUCUUUUCUGUAUUAUUUCGAAGGGCAUGAAUAUGCGGAAUGUUAGUCUCUCUUUCUGCAAUCGGACUGGGGCAUCUUGGCUUUCAGUGUACACACAUUGCUGUAUUAGUCUGCUGGACACUGAUGUGGGCAGCAGGGCUGCCAAACUUUCACUUUGUAAUGAUCAUGGGAAAUCUUCUGCACGGUGUCCCACACCGGACAGCAUGGUGAUUUAUCUUUGAACUUGUCUAGAGAUGACCUGAAGUGAAAAUCUGUUUGUCAGAAUAAUGUGGGCUACCAAAAGUAUAUACAGAUUGCAACGACAACAGGUUCGCCUGAAGGAGGCUGGACUAUAUAGCACUUCGUUUCUUAAACUCCAGCAGUUUGGGGCUAAUGCUGAUAGUUGUUACACUUUACAAACUAUCCGUGUCUUAACGACAUGCAAUGUUUCCCACGUUCAAAAUACAUGGUUGAUAAUGGACAUCCCAACAGCUGUCAACAGAAGGAGAAGCAAUACAGUUUUUGGAAGAGCACCAUGUGGUAGAAGGCAAUAUGAGAUGGAAGCCAGAAUGAAGCAUCUCAACUUGUCAUUUGCAGCCUGUGGGUUUCUGGGGAUCUACCACUUGGGGGCAGCAACUGCUCUCUGCAGACAUGGCAAGAAGUUACUGAAGGCUGUGCAGGGCUUUGCUGGCGCUUCUGCAGGAGCUCUGAUUGCCACCCUUCUUUUGACGGGGCCCGAAAAUAUAGAGGAAUGUAUAAAAGUUACACAUUCAUUUGCAGAAGAAACUAGGAAACAGUAUUUGGGCGCACUGACACCAGGCUAUGAUUUUAUGACAAAACUUAGGGGCAGCAUUGAUUCAAUUCUCCCUCCCAAUGCUCAUGAGAUAGCAGAAAAUCGCCUCUUUAUAUCAGUCACUAGUGCUAAAAAUGGAAAAAAUCAUUUGCUUUCAAAUUUUGCCUCCAGGGAGGAUCUUGUUAAGGCUCUUCUAGCCAGCAGUUUUAUUCCGUUGUAUGCAGGAAUCAAUGCAGUGGACUACAAUGGAGAGAAAUGGAUUGAUGGUGGCUUAACUAAUGGCCUCCCCAUCUUGCCAGUGGGCCGAACUGUGACAGUUUCUCCCUUUUGUGGCCGAUUGGACAUCUGCCCACAAGACAGAGGACGCAUAGAUGUCUAUGUCAAAAUGCCAAAGCAAGAUUUAAUGUUAUCCAUAGCCAACCUCAUAAGACUUCAUCAGUCUCUGUUUCCACCGAGCCAGGAAAAAAUGGAAUCACUAUACCAAGAUGGAUAUGAUGAUGCCAUACUGUUUUUACUGAAGGAAAACUGGUUUGAGUAGAUUAUGUGUGUGUUGAAAAUUAACAAGUCUGAUGGCUGUCAGAGCAAAGCUACAGUACGUGGAGCCCAAGGGACUGCUGUCACAAUUUCUGUUUAUCUAAAAUGACUACCAUAGGAAUUGCAUCUGUCACUGUCAAGCAAGUGUUAUAUAUAGGUGUGUAGGCUAGAAUUGUAAACAUAUUCACAUGCAAAGGAAUUGUACUUAUGCAGUAAAUAAUUGUUUAGGGACAGAAUAAUAAACACAGGCAUUUGUUGGGGGGCUAUAGGAUGUCUAUUACAGCAUCCAGUGAUAGUUCAAGAAAUGCUAAAAUACGAUUGCCAGCAUUAAUUAGCUUUCAGAUAUUUGUUCAUGAAAACCUACAGCGUGCUGCGUAUUUGUGUUCUUUCAAAAGUAAUCCUAUCUGUGUGUCCAUUCAUUGACUUAUUCAUUUUUUGUUUUUGAAUCUGCUGCGUGGUGUUUUUAGU